AUGCCCACUUCAAAAGCGACGGCAACCGGGAAGAAUGGCCUUCCCACUCCACCCAACGAUUCGCCCCCACCUCCAGCCUACACACAGGGCGAAUACCACUCUGAGGUGCCUGAUAUUACUGCAGCCUUCUCCAAUCUCAACCUAAUCCCUUCCCCCAAACCAACCCCUGACGUCUGUAUCGCACAUCUCAAGCUCCUCGAAGCCUUUCAUCAGCUUCGUGAGGAUGUUGCCUUUGAAGAUGGUCGUUUCGGCAUUAACGAUGCUUUCGCCGAUGCUGGCGAAUCCGACCGGGAACGCGCCGAACUACUGACAAAGAUCCGCGAGAAGCGCUGGCAAGUCUACGUUCACAAGGCUUCCAAACGAUUCGAACGAUGGUGGACCACAUGCGUUGAACCCAACGACGAGACCAAAAGGCUUCUUGGCCAGAGCAAGAUCCCCAUUGUCUUCAGUCAAAGCCCAGAUGCUGGUCAGCGGUUGGAAUGGAGCAAAGACCAUUUGCCUCCUCUUGAUGUGAUCAUGGUUUGGCAUGCAUACAUGCUCAACCCAAGAGAUUUUCUCGAAGACUGCCUCCGUCAAGGAAAGAUGAAAUUUUGGAGAGCUGGCUUGCCAUGGGCGGUCAUCGACCCCUGCAUCGAUAACAAUACCUUCGAAUACAGCGCAACACAGGCAGCGAUGGAAGGCUUCGAGGAUUCGACAGGCUAUAGAUGGAACAGUCUAAAUGAUCACCCCAAUGCCACUAUCGAAUGUCCAUUUUGCAGACGAAAACUGUAUCUGCCGCGGACAAGAUGGGAUUCGCAACGUGCAUGGACAAAAACAAGCUCACGGAAAGACGCCGAACUCUACGGAGAAUUGACCGCGGCAGGAGUUGCAGAUAAGAGCUUUGAAGUCCAGUGCCAAUGCGGCAUCGUCAUCGAUCACGAAAUGCACAGAACUCAAAAGUUCCGAAGAGACAUACAGGCACUGCGUAAUUCGGAUGUCCCAAUGCCCGGCACGAUCUUGAACGAGACUGGCAUUGUAGAGGCGUCCGUUGCUUCUUUAUUUCCGAAUCGUCUUAUUGACGGACCCAGGAAAUCACUAUACACCAAGCUAGAAGCACUCACUCUCCCUCGGAAUCCCCCCAACAAGAAGAUGACCGACAUUCGAAGAGAGAUCGAAACUUUUCUAAAAGACAAGACCUACAUCAAGAAUACAAAUAGCAGCACUAGCCACGUCCUUAAACGCGCAGAGAAAAUCGCGAUUCGCCGCAUGAUGUCUCGCUACUGGGAUAAUUCUUCUCCUUUUGCUCUCGACCUCGUCGGCGCUGUCAUCCGUCAAUGUUCAUUCAUCGAUAAAAUGCACUCAAUCGACUGGAUCCACUCACCAGCGGCCACCUCCACCAUGGCUCGUCUCAUCCAGAAGUACACUCGCUACAUUGACAUAAUCGCCUCUCACCCAAGUCACACCGCGGUCCCUACUCUCGACGUUGACCUGGCAUGGCACACGCACCAGCUUUCUCCACCCUACUACUACGCCUACACAGUAGCCAAAACCGAACGCUUUAUCGACCACGACGACAAGAUCGAAGAAACGAUCUUGUCUGACGCUUUCGAAUGGACGAGUAAAAUCUAUCAGAAAACCUACAACGAGCUCUACUCAGAGUGCACAUGCUGGUACUGCGAAGCUAUCCGAGAAUCCCACACGUCUUCGGUCAAACGCGUAUUUGGAGGCAACAAGGCUAUCGAGUCUCAACUCGACCGCCUCCACGCCGGGAACAAAGACCCCAACACAUCCCCCCACAUAUCCGCCCAUAGUGCAAUCAAAGCGGAAAAGGACGUCAGCCGAGGCAUACGUGACGCCAACAUGAAAGCCAAACUCGAGCGCGACUAUCAAAAAGCGUGCAACCAUGCCCGCAAGAAGGGCCGCACGCCGCCCGCCAGAGAUCAGUACAGUGGUUCUGAUUCCGCAAUGGCCUAUGGGUACCCGAUAUACAUGCCCUACUACGCGCCGUACAUGGGCGAUCCAUGUGUUAACAGUGGACUUUAUGCAGCGAAUCCCGGAUGUGCGAACUUCACUGCAGGCGCUCCUGGCAACUGUUGCGCGGGCGCUUGCGGAGGUGGUGUCGCGGCUGGGUCCUGCGGUGGAGGCGGAUCUGGGGGUUGUGCUGGGGGUGCAGCCGGGGGAUGUGGUGGGAGCAGUGGUGGGGGGUGUGGAGGAGGCGGGGGUGGAGGAUGUGGCGGCGGAUGCGGUGGUGGGGGCGGUGGAUGCGGCGGUGGUUGA